AUGUGCAUGUCGGCCCAAGAUCAUAAAAUUGAGCUCGUGAAGCAACUGGAGACGGUUCUCCAGGGAAAAAUCAAGCCAAUGAUCACACAAUGCUGUAUUGUUGAACUAUACAAGCUUGGAAAGGAGCGCCAGCCAGCAGUCGACCUGGCGAAAGGGUUUGAACGACGAAAAUGUAAUCACCGAGAAGCCAUCGAUGGGAAUGCGUGUCUAAAGAGUGUUGUGGGCGACACCAACAAACAUAGAUAUAUAAUCGCGUCGCAGUCUCAAGAACUACGUGCAGAGCUACGAAAAGUUCAAGCUGUGCCUCUUGUGCAUAUCAAAAUGUCGGUGAUGAUCCUAGAGCCUCCAAGUGACGAAACCAUCAGAGUCAAGGCAGAGCUCACGCAAGAGGCUCUCGAUGUUCCGGAAGAGGAAAAGAAGGAGCUCCCGUCGACGGCCCCGAAAGAGGCCGAGUUUGUCGCCAAACCACGUCGCAAGGCAAAAGGUCCAAACCCUCUGAGUGUGAAGAAGAAACAGCCCAAGCUUCCUAUGAUCUCUCCUCGACCUCAGCCACAACGACUGGACACACUGGAACUGAAACGCAAGAGGGACGAUGAGGAUGGUGAUGUGCGAGAGGAUGGUGCCCCGAAGAAGAAAAGGAGACGAAGGAAAAGACCAAACGAAAGUGAAAGCAUUCACACCACUGUCGAGCAGAAUACCAUUGAAGAGAGAGACACGUAG